UUUGACAUUGACAGUAUUAUCCCGCAGUGUUGUUUUGUUUAACUCCGUGAAUUUCACGUGUUUUCGAAUAUCAAAGUUUAAUAAAAAGUUAUAUUCAAUUUGUCUCUAAAAUAUGCCAAUAGAUAGCGACGAUGAAGCCAUCAACCAAAUUCUGGAGUUAUCCAGAGCCGAAUUAGGUUUGCAUCCGAAGUCUUCCGACCAGAAAGACUCGUUUCAGGAAGAGACACUCAGCAACGAAGAUUCCGAUGGAAACGAAAACAUCACGACUGGAGAGGGAUUUAAAAAUGAGGACCAGGACGCCGAGGAUGAAGAUGUGGGUAGUUUUGUUAAGGCACCGAAAAAGGAUGAGUCUAGUGACGACGAGCGGGAUGCCGAAGAUCGGGUGGAUGUAAUGUUUGAUGAGCCGGACGAACAAUCCAUCGGUAAGCCGAAAAGCAAAAAAGAGAAGCAACUUAUGUCCCUGGUUUUCGGUGGCCGAGCGGAGCUUGUGUCCAAUUUUAUGAAAACAUCGGAUGAUGAUGACGACCAUGAUGAACAGCACCAAGAUGAUGAACAACAGGACAAUAAGAAGCGCAAACGAUCAGUAGCUUGGGAGGAUUCCGAUGAUGAGAACGACCAUGAUUUUCCUCAGAAGGGAGGUAAGGUCGAAAUGCGCGCAACCACUCAUCGACGGCGGAAAAACUUUGAGAAGAUCGUUGGUCAACCAAAGUGGGCUGACUUGGAUCGAGAGCGGGAGAUCGAUUCGGAUGAUGAGAUCUUAAAAAUGGUCGGUCAUGUGGUGAAAGGAACCAGCGUGGAUUUGCCCAAAGGAAACAUCGAGUUGAAACGACUGAAGAACCUAAACCGAGAAACGAAGAAUGAGGGCUCAAUUACUGCGAUCAAUUUCCAUCCGACUUCGAUGGUGGCGGUAAUGACCGGAAUGAAUGGAUUGGCAUCUAUUGUAGCGGUAGAUGGUACAAAAAACGAAAAGCUGCACACAAUUGGAUUGAAAAGGUUCAAGAUCGCUUGCUGUCAGAUGACUCCAGAUGGAAAUGAAGUGCUGUUCGGAAGUUUCCGAAAAUUCUAUCAUGUGUACAAUUUGAUAUCCGGGCGCAGCGAUACGCUGCAAUUGAAAGGAGAAGGCGCUUGGACCAUGAAGAAUUUUGAACUGUCGAAGUGUGGAAAAUAUUUAGCAGUUACUGGCGGCUUCGGCGAGAUACAUCUGUUGGAUGCAAGAAGUAAAGAUGCUCUGACCACCAUCCAACAAAAUCAUUGCUGCACUUCGUUGUGUUUUACUCCCGAUUCCAAAUACCUCAUAGCGAACAGUACAGAAAACGAAGUGUCGGUCUACCACUUGGAGAAACGUCGUUUCGUGAAUAUAUUCAUAGACGAUGGUUGCGUAAAUGGGUCAUUCAUAGCAGUGUGUCCCAACAACCGUUAUCUGGCGACGGGGAGUCGUCAGGGCAUAGUCAACAUAUAUUUGUUGGAGAAGGUUCUCAAACAAAAGUAUCCCAGUCCGGAGAAAACCAUUUCCAACUUGACCACCUCUGUGGGCUCGAUGGCGUUCAACGUAACGUCGGAGCUAUUGGCAAUUGCCUCAGCGGAAAUCCCGGAUGCGGUGAAAUUGGUGCACAUGAAAAGUGGGACAAUAUUCCGAAACUUUCCGAUGUUCAAAGCUGGCCUGGGAAGCGUUACUCGGGUGCAGUUUUCUCCGGGUGGCGGAUAUCUGGCCAUCGGUAGUCGAGAAGGAGUGGUUUCGUUGUUCCGUGUAAAACAUUAUCAGAAUUAUUGAAGGUUUAAUAAAGGUUUCGAUAAGCAAACGAAAA